AUGGCGAGCGGUUUCUGGGCGAUUCAGAUGACGGAGCGGGCGAAAAUGAUUUCGGCCUUUGUCUGCCCAUUCGGACAUUUUCAGUGGAUCCGGAUGCCUUUUGGACUCAAGAACGCGCCGCUAGUGUACCAGAGUGUGAUCAACAACUGUCUCUGGGGAUUCGUGCGGCUCCCACCUGAGGAGGAGGCUAAGGUUGACCGAGAUGUCCUGGAAUUUCUGGAGUUGACCGUCCCAGACACAGGACCGACGAUCGAAGAACCUCAAGGCGAAGGUGGUUUCAGACUUCCAGAAUUAAGGAAGGAGGCGACUGCAUUCAGACGAAACAUUCCGACCCCGACGCAGAUGGGACCGGUUCUGGGGCGAAGCUCUUACAUAGACGACAUAGCUCAUGGGGCGCCUACCUGGGACAAACUUUGUGGAGACCUGAAUGCCCUGCUAUUCCGACUCCGAUACUGGAAUAUCUCUGUUAGUCUUCCGAAAAGCGAGUUCGGCAAACAAGUUAUACCGUAUCUGUGUCACGAAGUCUGUGUCGAACGUAUCAGGGCUACCACGAAGAUUGCCAAGAGUGUUCAAGACCUACCUUUCCCAUCGACUCUGGAGGGCAUUCAAUCGUUCUUAGGAAGCUUGAAUUACUACAACAAGGUUAUCGUGGAUUUACCUGUUGUCGCGGCUGUGCUUUACGAGCUGGAUGAGGAUCGUGUCCACGCCAAACAUGAUUUAAAUAAGGCCAAGGAAGAGUUCGAGAUUCUGAAACGUAAGAUUACAUCAUCGCCGCUGCUGCGCCAUCCUGAUUGUACCAAGCCGUUUGUCAUCAUCCCACAUGCAAACCCCAGGGCGACUUGGCGAGUUCUGAACGAGUCUGAACUCGGAUACCACAUCGCGGAGAAGGAGGUGUUGGCGAUCCUGCGAGUCUUAGAGCAAUUCCGUCCGCUCAUCUACGGUUCAGAGACACCGAUCGUAAUCUAUACUCGGUACUCGGUCCUGAAGUGGUUACUGAGGUCAAACUCUGCCGACGGUCGUCACCUUAAGUGGGGUCUAGAAUUGUCGAAGUGGACUCUAGAACUACGCCGUGUGCAGCGCGAUGAGGAUGUAUUACCCGCCAUCCUCGGCGCAGGUAUUACCCCCCGGGAGUAUUUAGACGAAGUCGCUGAAAACCUGAUCCCGGCUAAGGGGCGAAUCAAAGCACCUCUGCCAAUCAGUGUAGAGAUGCUGGAUUCAGACUUCGAAGGGUAUGUUUUGAGCUUCGAUGGUGCAGCCAAGGUCUCCACUAGACAGGUAAGUUGUGGAUGUAUUUUGUGGCGUUUAUCUGGAUGGAAUGUCCUGAGCGCCCACGGAUUCCCUUUGGAUGAUGUGACCGUGAACGAUGCAGAGUAUCACGGGUUGAUCAAAGGUUUGGAGUUAGCCGUUGACCGCGGUUUCAGAAAUGUGGUUGUGGUCGGCGAUGUCAGAAUCGUAAUCCAACAAGGGCAAGGGUUGAUAGGUUGCCACCAGCCUAAUCUGCAACGUCGACUUGCUGAGUAUGAAGCCUUGAAAGUGAAAUUCGGCUCCGUACAGUUGGGCGACGUCAAACGCGAUUACAACCAGGCAGCAGACAACUUAACGACGAAGACAUUGGCAGUCGGAAAGCGUGGGUGGUGGAAGACGCGGAUGAACUGA